UUACAGCAACAGUUGUCAGUCCGCUCUUCGGUCUGAUGGAUACAGUCUCGUCCUCGUCGCUCGCGGCUGCCAACACGGAGCAUAACGUUUACUGAGCUCUGUACGACAGAUUUAGACGGUGCUUUUUCAGUUUGUUAAUCCAUGAAUGCAAUUCGAAUUUGACUCCGUCGCUAAUCCAAGACCGUGGUUGAUGGAAACCUAAUAGCCUAACUUCAGGUCAUGGUCCAGCAAACUGUGCUGCUGAGGGGAGGAGGAAGAAACGGAGGAAGAGGAGAGCAGUGAGUGUGUGUGUGUGUGUGUGAUGACAGCCAUGGCAGAUCUACCAUCAGGUCUACUGGAGGCUUGUGUGGUGGUCGGAGCUUCCAGCGACAAACUGCAAGAACUCUACCAGUUACACAAGCAGGGCAAGGUGAAAGAGCUCCCCCAGCUGGAGGCAGAGGUACUGCAGGUCUACGCCCCGCCCUUCGUUGUCAAGGAAACCGGCGGCGAGGCGGGAGACCACGCCUUCAGCCGGGUCCAGAGGAGGCGAAGCUUCAUCAAGAAGAAGAGGGAGCGGCCGGCCCCGUCCAACGGACAACCGGCCAAUCACGGGGGGGCCACGGAGGAUAUCAGCGUUCCGAAAGACAUUGACCUCAUCGCUCUGCCACAGCUUUGUUUCCCUGGCGGUCUUCAGAUAACCAAUGAGCAGAAAGAAGAUUCGUAUCACUUCCUGGUCUUCACAGACGUGUUGGGCAGCAGAACUCAUGGAGUGGUUGUCCAGUACUACAGACCUAUACAGGAGGGCGGGAUCCAGAACGGCCAACGUUCGUCCUCCAAGUCCCGCCUGUACGCUUCGUACGCAGUGUGUGUCAUCUCUAAGUACCCCUACUACAACGCUCUGAGGGACUGCCUCUCCUGCUUGCUGGGCCAUCUGAAGCCAGGCUGGACGUGUGACUGUGAGGAGAAGGUGAAGGAGUUCUCAGCCACACUGACCCUGGUCCCCAUCCCUCCCCCUGGACAUCUGCAUGUGGUGUUCAACAUGAAGCCUCUCCAGGUGGUUCUGCCCUCCAGGGAGGACCAAGAGCGACCUGCUGUGGACCUGGACCUGCACCUGGCCUUCCUCUGCUUCAGGCCUGAACAGCUGCUACAGGUGCUGGCCAGCCUGCUGACGGAGCAGAGGGUCGUGUUGUUCUCCAGCGACUGGUCCCGGCUGACCCUGGUGUCCGAGGCCCUGCUGCUCUUCCUGCACCCCCUGUCCUGGCAGCACCCCUAUGUGCCCGUCCUCUCCUGCCAGAUGCUGGACUUCGUCAUGGCGCCCACUGCCUACCUGAUGGGAUGCCACCUGCAGCACUAUGAAGAGGUGGCAGCGGAGACUGAGGACCUGGUCCUAGUGAACAUAGAUGAGGGGAUGGUGGCGUGCAGCUGCUCAGAGACACUGGACCUGCCCGCCGUGCCUGUUGCAGCCAGGGACUGCUUCAUCUCCCGGGUGGGCACCCUCCAGAUGCACUACGACCUGGAGCGGUGCCACCAGGGCGCCAGCACAGACGUAAACGAGCAGCGCUCCCGGCGCAGAGCCUGGCAGAGGAGGCUCAACGCCCAGAUACUGAACAUCACCCUGGAGCUCAUCGUCAACAUCUUCAGGCAGGUCCAAGAGCAUCUGAACUACGAACAUCGAGUGUUUAACAGUGAGGAGUUCCUCAGGAGUAGAGAGCCUGCUGAACAGCCCUUCUACCGCAAGGUGCUGGACACACACAUCUUCCACUCCUUCCUGAGGGAUCGUCUGAACAGAAAGAUGGACGCCUUCACUCGGCUUGAGCUCAGCUCACGGACAGAGGCGUACAGACUGCGUGCGAUGACGGAGUCGCCCCGCCGGCCCACCAUGCAGGAGGUGGCCCGCUCCUACACCAGCCCAGACACCCGGCUCAGCAGCAAGCUGGGCCACAGCAUGCCCAACCUGGCAGGAGCCAGCCCCCCCACACUGCCCUUCAGACACGCCUCCCUCAAGAAGGUCAACCCCGACAGCGGACUGAAGAUUCUCCAGAAACCCGUCAAGAUAUUCCGUCUCCCAGAGUUCCCUCCCCCGCUGGCGUACCACUACGUUCAGAACUACUACUCAGAGAUGAUCGCUCUGCUGGGGAGGGCCAUCAACGCUGCCCCGCCCGAGGACUCCGCCCUUCUGGCCAGGUAUCACUACCUCAGGGGCCUGGUGUGCUCCGUGGCCGGACGUCGCCUCGACGCCCUGGACGAUUUCCAGACGCUCUACAAGACGGACACAGACAUCUUCCCCGCCGCGCUGGUCACCGCGCUGGUCGACUCGCUCCCGGAGGCGGAGCGGGGGCAGACGGAGCGCCGGCCGGAGCUCCAGCGCCUCAUCAGCCGCGUCAAGAGGGACACGGAGCAGGAGCGCGCCCUCCACGGCGACCAGGGGGCCGUCAAGCGCUUCCAGCUGCCGAAAAAGCACAUGCACCUGGAGCAGUUUGUGAGGCAUGUGCAGGAGUCUGGCAUCGUCAAGGACCAGGGCACCAUCCUCAGGCUGUUUGAUGCCCUCACUGUAGAUGAUGUGGAGGGGGCUGGCUCCCAGUCUGUCUUUUAUCUUGACUCCAACCUGGAGGGCCAGCAGAAACAGGUGGACCCGGAGCUGUUCCGCGUGUUCUACACCUUCUGGAAGGAGACGGAAGCGGAGGCCCAGGAAGUGGCGCUCCCUGCCGGCGUGGUGGAGCAGCUGGAGGCUAGCGAGUGCGUGUUCAAGCUCUCCUCCUCCGUCAAGACGUCCCGCGGCGUGGGCAAGAUCGCCAUGACGCAGCGCAGGCUCUUCCUGCUCACCGGAGGACGGCCCGGCUUCCUGGAGAUCACCAAGUUCAGGGAUAUCGAGGAGGUGAAGAUCUCUUCGGCUGCGUUUCUGCUGCUGCGGAUCCCCACCCUGAGGAUCCGCUCUCUGGGCAGGAAGGUGGUGUUCGAGGCCAACCUGAAGGGCGAGUCCGAGCUGUGGAACCUCAUGGUGAAGGAGAUGUGGGGUGGACGCAAGAUGGCCGACGAGCACAAGGACCCCCAGUUCAUGCAGCAGGCCCUGACUAACUCUCUGCUCAUGGAUGCAGUGGUGGGCUGCCUGCAAAGCACCAGGGCCAUCUACGCUGCCUCCAAACUAGCCUACUUUGACAAGAUGAAGACAGAGGUACCAAUGAUGGUUCCCAAAACCACGGCAGAGACUCUGAAGCACAAGAUCAACCCCUCCCUGGAUCUGACCUCCGCACAGGCUGUGGAUGUUCUACUCUACACACCAGGCCAGCUGGGGGGGGGCGACUCGGAGGGAGACGGGAACCCCAAGCUGUGGGUUGCCCUUAGCAAUGGGAAGGUGGUGGUUUUUGACGCAGCCAGCUGGUCCAUGCUGCAGACCUGCGUCCAAGCAGGCUCCGCCCCCCUGAACUGCAUGCUGGGAGUGGACAGUGGGCAGGUGUGGGUGGGCUCCCAGGACUCCGUCAUCUACAUCAUCAGCACGAGGAGCAUGUCAUGUAACAAGCAACUGACCGACCACCGGGCCGAGGUCACGGGCCUGGCCCUGGGGGAACGCUCCGAGAGAUACAGCCCCAAGGUGGCGUACUCGUGUGGGGCGGACGGCGUGGUGAUGGCGUGGGACGUGGCAUCCCUGCAAAUAAGGAAGAAGUUCCAUCUCUCCUGUGACCGUCUGCAGUCCCUGCAGCUCUGCAGGGGGGCGCUCUGGUGCUGUGCCAGGGACUGUGUGAUGGAGGUUUUGAAGACGGGCAGUGUGAACCGCAGGACGGCUCUGCCAGAGCAGACCAGAGGAUCCACAUCAGCCUUCAGCUGGCUGCUCAUGCUGCCUGAGCUGGAGCAGCUGUGGACGGCGUGUGUGGACUCGGGGGAGGUGUGUGUGUGGCUCCUCACCGAGCUCUCCAAGCCAUUCCAUAGAAUUCUACUCCCAGAAUGCACUGGGGUCACCUGCAUGAUCAGGGUCAAGAACCAGGUCUGGGUGGGGGGCCGGGGCAGGAGCGGGGGGAAGACCCGGGGGAAGACCUUCGUGCUGGACCCAGAGCGCCACCUGGUGGAGAAGGAGCUGGUUGCCCACAACGACACCGUGCAGACGUUGUGCUCCGCGGAAGACCGCUAUGUUCUGAGCGGCGCCGCCCGCGAGGAUGGCAAGAUCGCCAUCUGGAAGGUGGAGUAGAGUAGCACAGUAGCCUACUGGUGGCUGAAGGACAGAAACACACUGCCACUGCCCCCUGUUGGCUGAAGGACAGAAACACACUGCUACUGCCCCCUGGUGGUAGGACUAGCACAGCUCAGGGGCAGUGCCGGCAGCAGGGAGAAUUUGUACUUCUCAGAUAUUGCCAUGGUAAACUCUUGCUGCUCUUUAAGUGUUUAUUCACCUGACUUAGGCCUUAUCAGAUGUAGGAAUGUUUAGAUAUUGUGUCCAGUGUAACAAAACUACAGACUGUAUUUAUAUAUGACUUAGCACUUUACAUGGACCCUUUUUAUAUAUUCAAACACUCUUAUUGAAACUAAAUCUGUUGUAGAUGUAGUAAUUACAUUUUUGUUCAAUGUAUUUUCUAACCAUGUUAAAUGAAGGACAAUAAAGAACGUUUAAUAUAUUUA